AUGCCUUACCAUGACGAGGAGUACCCAGGUCAGCCUCUGUGGCAGUCUGUGCUGCUCUUCUGCUGUAAGGGGAUGAUUGAGGGCAUCAUGGUCAUACUCUUCUUCUGGCUUCUGGUGCAGGUCCUUUUCACCAAACAACUAGAAGUUCAUCUCCAAAUUCUACUUUUGGUUGGACUGAUAGUCUUUUGUUUGUGUUUGGUGCUGGGAUGUAUCCUGUGCUGGAGGAACAGUCACAUCUGUGCAGCCAAAGACAAAGAUCCUGUGACGUCAGCACCAGCUCCAGCUUCUGCUGAACCUGUGACCUUACCGCAGGGCCCGCCUCCCUCAGCAGCAACGACAGCGUCCAGGCAGCAAUGCGAGGAGCUGGAUGGAGACAUAGUGGAGUACCCCUCCACUUUCACUAGUCCUGCUCAUUCAGAACGAGAAUUUGCUCCUCUGCCGUUCUCUAAAAGAGCUCGAGCCGACUCUGAGCAGAAGGAGCAGCCAAAGUCUUAUUUUUCUCUGCGCCGCCUCAGCACACCACCACUAACAUCACCCCUUUAUAAACCCAUUGAUUCCAGCCAUGCUUCCCUGCCUUCAUUUCCCAAGCUGGGACUGUUGUCCAAAAAAUGUAAGGCUCUGCAGAGGCGCUGCAUGGUGACUGGAGAUAAAAUAUCUUAUAAUGAACACAGCAGACUCACCAGCCCCAGUGCUGUCUCUCCUUGUAUGCCUGAAGAACCGAUCCCGCUGGCUCCACUGAGCUACGGCUCCAAUGCCAGCUGCCAACAGCCAAUAUCACCAAAACCCUGCCUCCAUUUCACUAUGGCCUUCUCUCCAGAGCAGCAAACCCUGGCAGUCACUGUCCUCAGCCUCACCGGGACGCCUCACAGGCUGCAGGAUGUGUGUGUGCUGGGCAGCCUGCCGCCUCUGUACCCCUGUCCAGUACAGGCUUCCCCCACCCAGAGUGGCCUCAGCCCUGAGGGCCACAGCCUGGUGCUGCUUCUGAAGGUGAGCUCUGUGAACGAGCUCCAAAAGUGUGUGCUGAGAAUAGCUGUAUACACACGAGAACCUCCCAGCAUGAGAGGCACCUCACUGGGUGAACUGGAGACCGAAUGUGGAGGAAGAGACUGGAAAGCAGAGCAUCAAUUUCACUUCACAAAAGAGCUAAACUCAUACAAGGGGAAGCUAAAAAAGAGUCUGAUCUCACAGGAUGCAGCGCUGUGUCAGGGGCUUAGCUGUCCACCACAGAUCUUCAUUUUGCUUCAGUAUCAGACUCUGGCCCACCGCAUCAAAGCCUCGGUCCUCAGAGCGGAUAACCUAGAUAACCUCGUCGGCACGUUUGAAGCAGCAGAAUUUCAGGUGCUGAUCAAUCUGCAUCAUGAAGGAGCUGUGAUCAGCAGCAAAGAAACUGAAGGAGGAUCCUGUACUGUGUGGAAUACAUCUUUCCUGUUCGACCUGCCUCCAGGAGACGUCAGUCAGCUGCCCCUCAUGCUUGAGUUUAUAAUCCUGCAGGUAAAGAUCGUCCUGUCAGAAGGUAAAGUUCUUGGUCGAGUCCUAAUCGGAGCAGAGGCUGCAGACGCAGGACGGGCUCACUGGAGGGACAUGUGCAGCCUGCAGGUGGAGCAGGCUCGCUGGCACACUGUGCAACCAGAGCUGCUGUAG